AUGGAUUCAGAACAAAUAAGCCAGAAAUUCAGAGAAAAUCUUGAAGCUCCCAACACAUCUCCAGCUCACGCCUCAAUUAGAACUCUUACCCAAGUAAUAGAAGCAAGCACAGAGCAGACAGUUCAAGGCCUUUCGAAAGAGCUUGAAAGAGCAGCAUCCAUCCUAUAUAAUGAAGCUGAAAGCCGAAGUAAAAUAUUGGGAAGAACUCCUUUAUCAGUUAUAGCAGGCUGUGACAUGUUUAGACAUCAUACUUCAAAAACUCUUGCAGCACUAGAUUAUGAUGACUUCCCUAAGCUCAAAGCCAAGUUGGUAGAGCGUGGAUAUUACUUAUCUGAGACUAGGCCAGCAUUUUUACAGAAAAUAGCUGAUAUGGCGAUUUGCUGCUUUAAAGACAACCAAAGUGUGCUGGUCCAUGGAUACUCAAAUGUAGUUAAUCGUAUUUUGGUGAAAGCUGCUGAGCAAUUUCAUAUAACAGUGAUAGUGACUGAGUGUAGGCCGUUUUGUGAAGGUUAUAUUAUGUGUGAAGAAUUAAAAAAACACAACAUUCAAUUUACGCUAAUAAUGGACAACGCUGUAGCCAGUGUUAUGGAUGGAAUUGACAUGGUCAUGGUAGGUGCUGAAGCUGUUGUUGAAAGUGGAGGAGUUAUCAAUAGAAUUGGCACCUAUGGCAUCGGCUUAAUUGCAAAGUUUUUCAAAAAGCCUUUAUAUGUAUGUACAGAAAGUUUGAAAUUCGUAAGGAUGUUCCCACUAAGCCAGCGAGAUCUACCGGAAUGCACAAAAUCUACAUGUCCGCCCAUACAAGAAUGCAAAGCUGUAGACAGUAUCAGCAUGACUGUAUGUGACUUGACACCUCCUGAGCUAAUAUCACUCAUGUUUACAGACUUAGGAAUUUUAACGCCUUCAGCUAUUUCUGACGAGUUAAUAAUGCUUUAUAACCAAUAA